AUGGUUGCGAUUCCUUUGCUAUCCAAACUCCCUGUUGAGGUGGUUCUCGACAUUAUUAUUGCUUUUGAAGGCGACACUGUUGAUAAACUCUGUCUAAUCGGACACAUUAAUCGAUAUCUACGCAAUUUAUUACUCUGUCGGACUAUAUUCUGGAAACGCAUUGAUUUGACAAGACAUAAAGACAAAGCGCCAGACGCUCUUGUACAUAUUUUAAACAUUCUUCCUUGUAAAUCACUGAAGGCUGUUUCUGCUAUCAUUCUCGAUGGUACGGUAGUAAAGGAUUUCCACGUACAAAUACUCUUGCCGAGAUUUCCGAAUCUACGAUUCCUGAGUAUUCGUGAAUGUCAUAAAUUGGUGUUGGAAGAUUUGCAUGAAGUGUUUGAAUGUUGGAAGAAGCACAACGUGACAUUUCCAAAUUUGAAUGAGAUUGAUGCGACAGGGACUAAUGGUAAUUCUUAUCAUCGUUACGAUGAUCACGCUGUUCAGAGAGGAUUUUACGAGAUUUUACAGAGAGAUCAUGAAAUAAUGAGGAAAUUGCAGAAUGACAUGAUUGCAAUCACGAAAAAUGAGAACGCAAUAUUUCAUUGCAAAGUAUGCGAGAAAUGUAAAAUUAGAGUGUCAAUUGAGCUGCAAAAGUGGUCUCUACCGCAUGAGUCUGGAAGUGCUAUCUGUGCAAGCUGUUUGUAG